AUCUUGAGCGCAAUUUGGAGAAGUACUGUAGCUAGCUAGCUUUGACUGUGCAGAAUUUUAGGUGAAAACUCUCACAUGUUCUGUCCAGAUACUGCAACCCGUUACCGGGAAAGUGAACAAAUAAAUAUGUGUCUGGAUGAUUAAUAUUUUGAAGGUCCUUAUAUAAGUAGAUAUUCACAAUUUAGUCCUAUUUAUUCUGGUAAAGCAGUCUUUGGAGAAGAACAAGGUGUUGUUUUCGCCAUGGAUAUGGAACGACAGAAACGAAGAGAGGAAAUCCAGAAAGCUAUGGGCUUUAUUCAGUCCUCCUUGCCUUUCCCAGAGCCUGAGAAUUAUGCGGCUUUUUUGACCCAGUUGGUGUGUAACUUGCUGGACGAGGGAAACACAGUGUUUCGUGAUGGGGAAUGGAGGCAGGCAGCGCAGCAUUACAGUGAGGGAGUCAACGUGGCCCGCUAUGCUCAGGCAGAGGCACUGGUCAUUCCCCCUGAGCUUCUGGAGAGCCUCUAUGUCAACAGGGCAGCGGCACACUUUCAGUUUGGGGAGUUUGAGCGGGGCGUACAGGACUGCGAUAGCGCGCUGUGCGUGUGUGAGGGCAGUCGCAGGGCGCUCUACAGGAAAGCUCUAUGUCUGAGAGAGCUGGGCCGACUCAGGGAGGCCUAUGAGUGUGGCACCGGAUGCCUGCUCACUGCCCCACACGACAGGCAGGUGGGUGAACUGGCCCAGGACCUGGCUAAUAAACUGGGCCUGAAGGUCCGUAAGGCCUACAUCAGCUCUCAGGUGGAGUCCUCAACGUCAGGGAGGGAGAGCAAUAGAGAGAAUUCUUCACCCACAGGAGAGACGUCCGCCAACGGGCUAGAAUCUUUGACUGACAUUGCAUCAGCUGAUCUGUCCAGUGCCCAGUGUAUCCCUGCCCCUCUGGCCACGCCCAUCCCUGUCAGCGACGAGCCCUCUAGCCCAGUGGCCACGCCCUGUGCUGACCUAUCAGAGAGCCCCAGUACGGUCCUACCGCCCAUGCCCUACUCCGUUCCUGUGUCGGAGCACAUGGAGGAGUGCAGCGUGAUCGCUGACGAUCUGGACAGCCUGCUGGGGGACUGCAUCUCCAAGAAAGUCAGCGAGUCACAGAGCCCAGUCCAGGGUGCUAUCCCCACCAACCUCCCCAACACAGCUGUGGGCCUGCACCCUCCAUACUCCUCCAGCCUCCCCGCCCCCUCGCCCCAGCUACCCCCUGCCUUCUUCAGCUCCUCUGUCAGCCAGAUGCCCUCCUUGGAGCCUUACCCCUCACUGGGCCAGAGGGAGCAGACCUCCACACAGGCGCUGGACGCCCUGGGGGCCUUCUCCCCGGGGACAGGGGACAUGGAGGGCAAAGGAGGGGUUGGAAUUGGAGGCCUGGACUCACUCUCUGAGUACAUUUUGCCUGGGGGAAGAAUCUCUCACAGCUUCAUCCCUGGGAUCUGCAACCACAGCUCUACUCACACGAACGUCCCAGCAGGCACCAACCUCUCCCUGCUCUCCCGGAACCCACUGGCUGCCACCCACGAGUUCAGACAGGCCUGUCAUGCCUGUUACAGCCGCAUAGGUCCACGGGUGAUUGACUACCAGUACCAGCCAGAGGCGGCUCACCGCUGUAAGAGGGACGUGCUACUGUGUCGCUUCAAAAACACAGACGACCCCACAUGGAAGAGAGUCAGGCCUCGCCCCGCUAGAAACAACUUCCUGGGGGCCUUUGUGCUCUGCAAAGAAGUCCAGGAGCGCCAGGAGUGCCAGUACGGGGAGAACUGCACGUUUGCCUACUGCCAGGAGGAAAUAGACGUGUGGACCCAGGAGAGGAAGGGGGCUCUGAGCAGGGAGCUGCUGUUUGACCCGCUGGGAAGCACCGAGAGACGGGCACUCAGCGUCACACGGCUGCUGCAGCUACACAUGGGCAUGUUCAUGUUCCUCUGUGAGGAAUGUUUUGACAGUAAGCCUCGCAUUAUCAGCAAACGCAGCAAAGAGAACUUGGCUGUCUGCUCAAACCUCACCGCCCGACAUCCCUUCGACGAUAACAAGUGCCUAGUGCAUGUGGUGCGUUCGGCCAACGUGCGCUACAGUAAGGUGCGCCCGCUGCACCCCCUCUGCCAGUUUGACGUGUGUCGCCACGAGGUGCGUUACGGCUGCCAGCGCGAGGACAGCUGCUCCUUUGCCCACUCCGUCAUAGAACUCAAGUGCUGGGUACUGCAGCAGGACACAGGUAUCACCCACGAGGAGAUGGUACAGGAGUCCAAGAGGCACUGGUACAGGCUAGAGCAAAAUGCUCAGAGACAGAAGCCUAUGCAUGUCCCACACCAGAGCUGUGGUGGUGGGGUGGGGGGAAUAGGAGGGGGAGAUAAUCUCGGGGGUGGAGGGGUUGGCUCCGGAGGAGGAGGGAGAGGCAGAGGGCUGAACCUGAAGAUGAAGUUUGUCUGUGGCCAGUGUUGGAGGGACGGACAGGUCAACGAACCAGACAAGGCCCUCAAGUACUGCACUGCUAAAGCAAGGCACAGCUGGACUAAGGAGCGUCGGGUAUUGCUUGUGAAAUCCUUUGAGAAGAAGAAGUGGGUCGUUGUGCGGCCGCUUCCCUUCUCCCGUACAUACCCACAGCAGUAUGACAUGUGUGUCCAUGUGAUGAAGCAGAAGAAGUGCCACUACAUCGGAAAUUGUUCCUUCGCCCACAGUCUGGAGGAGAGGGACGUCUGGACGUACAUGAAGGACAACAGCUUGAGGGACAUGCAGCAGAUGUAUGACAUGUGGCUCACGAUGACCAAUCAGAACAGACGCACUGACAGAAGCCCCAUGACCCCGCCUCCGGAGGAGAAACAGGUUUCGAUGACGACCGAUUACACAGAGUCAUUGUCUGGGCAGCGGUUGUCGGAAGGAGGAGAUAUGUGAGUGUUGUUGUGCUGAGGAGGAGCUGGCCCUGGAGACGUGGAAAGGAGACCCCGCUCCCACUACACCAGAGACCAGCUACAGUACCUACCGCCUGUGACAUCAGUCUGAAUGCAAACACACAUACACACAACACACCUUACAGUACAACAAAUUGCUGUUGCAACAGGCACCAACUCGUGUGACGCACACACACAAAGUCGUAUAUAAGAACAUUCACGCCCAUAAUCUGAAUGGUUUGGCAGUUAAUUUCAAUCUGAACCUCAGUGUAUCUCUAACACGCUGCAGAUGUCAAUGUACUUUAUAUGUGUCCAUUAUAUUACCAUUGAAGGCAAAUUUUGAAUUGUCAGCAAAGAGAAAAGGCCCCAAAGUCGCCCCUUCUAACGAAUACGGAGUGGCUGUGUGGCCGAUACUUCUUCCUGGUGACUAAACAACUGAACAAAUUAGCCUGCAUAAUAUAUAUUUAAUAUUUUUAUUUUUUUGAGGUUUGUUCAAAUCGCCAUAGUUUUUAUUUUAUUUCAGCUGUUCAUAAAUAUGAGGCAGAGACGUA